CCCGCAGCCUGUGCCCUCCUCCCAACCUGUCUCCGGCUCUUGCCCCGCCCACCCGAAAGUGGGUGAAAGGUCGGCGCUGCAGGCACUGUGGCUGGGGCUGUGGAGCAGGACGGGUUCGGAACAGACCGACACAGUGCCGGUGAGGUGGACCGACGGGCCAUGGCAGGCGAAGCGAAGCCCAUCAGCCCGCUCAAGAACCUGCUGGCCGGCGGCUUUGGCGGCAUGUGCCUGGUAUUUGUGGGGCACCCGCUGGACACCGUCAAGGUCCGACUGCAGACACAGCCCCCGAGUUUGCCUGGACAGCCUCCCAUGUAUUCUGGGACCUUCGACUGCUUCCGGAAGACUCUUGUUAGAGAGGGCAUCACGGGGCUAUAUCGGGGCAUGGCUGCCCCCAUCAUUGGGGUCACCCCUAUGUUCGCCGUGUGCUUCUUUGGGUUUGGUUUGGGGAAGAAACUACAACAGAAAUGCCCAGAGGAUGUGCUUAGUUACCCCCAAAUAUUUGCAGCUGGGAUGUUAUCUGGUGUAUUCACCACAGGAAUUAUGACCCCUGGAGAACGGAUCAAGUGCUUGUUACAGAUUCAGGCUUCUUCAGGAGAAACCAAGUACCAUGGGGCCUUGGACUGUGCAAAGAAGCUAUACCAGGAAUCUGGGAUCCGAGGCAUCUACAAAGGGACAGUGCUCACCCUCAUGCGAGAUGUUCCAGCCAGCGGGAUGUAUUUCAUGACAUAUGAGUGGCUGAAGAAUAUCCUCACACCAGAGGGAAAGAGUGUCAGUGAGCUCAGUGUGCCUCGGAUCCUGGUGGCUGGGGGCAUCGCAGGGAUCUUCAACUGGGCUGUGGCAAUCCCCCCGGACGUGCUCAAGUCCCGCUUCCAGACUGCACCUCCUGGAAAAUAUCCUAAUGGUUUCAGAGAUGUACUGAGAGAGCUGAUCCAGAAUGAAGGAGUCACAUCCUUGUAUAAGGGGUUCAAUGCGGUGAUGAUCCGAGCCUUUCCAGCCAAUGCGGCCUGUUUCCUUGGCUUUGAAGUUGCCAUGAAGUUCCUUAAUUGGGCCACCCCCAGCUUGUGAGGCUGAAGGCUGCUCAAGGCUUCUGGGUUGUGGAGACUAUCACAAAGGAGGAGCGGUGGGCAGGACUAGGCAGUCCUAAAAGGCAAAGGGAGGGGAAUGGUGGGAUCAGAGCUCUGUACAUGGACUUGUUGAGACCAUUGCCUUAAUGACAUCUUCUACCUGGUAUAACUUGGUGUGCCAUUUUGAAACUUGAAUUUACUCAUGUCAAUUUAAGGGAUCUCAAGAGGAUUUGGAGGUGGAGUAAGUAGCUUCUAGACCAGAUACCACCUAUGGUCAGAGAGCUAUCUACUGGUUGACUACAGGCCCUACUACACCCAAAAUACUACUCGAGAAAGAGGGAAUUUCAGCUUCUCACUGGAGACAUGAUGCAUGUUUUCAACCAGCUGAACAAGAGCUGGUGUUUUCUUCGAUCCCUACCCACCAGAUUUCCAGGGUAUCACUUAAUCCUGGCCUGCACAUGGGGAUGUGGACUUCAGGUCCACAUCUCUCUGUCCGGGUGGACUGAGCAAAUGUGCCUAGGGACAGAUAGCCUGUUAACAGUCAGGUUGAUUUUUCUUUUUAAAUGCAUACAAGCAAUCAAAACUAAAACUACAGUAGCCUAAUUUCCCAGGAGUAGAUGGAGAGCUUUCCCUCCUACACAGCAAGAAGGGUUUUGAAUUAACAGUCCUAGCCUGCUGAGAUAAGUGACAAAGCCUGGGGUGUAGGAAAGGCUCUUUUCACACACUCUUUUCUCAUGAGAGCAUCCUGUUUUAACAGGAAACAAUAA